AAGCCACACGUUCCAAAACCUCUCAAUUUUCCCACCAAAGCACAUGAUCUCCCAUAAUGGAAAAAUUAGAUCAUCAAAGUCCCUCAGAAAUAACCAUAAUCAUGUCUACACUUUCCACCUUCACUUCUCAUCAACUUUCAGAUCUAACCCUUUACAUCUCCGCCCUCCACCACCGCCAUCACAGCCGUAUUUUCUCUCUCCUCUCUUCUCCCACCCUAUUUUCUCUCACCUUACACCACCUUCACUCUCUCUCUCUACAACAAAAAUCACUCCUUAUAGCCAAGCACUUAUUGUCUAAACUAGCAAUAUUCACUCAUUUCAUGCAUAAUAAUACAAUCUUGCCACCACCAUCAACCACCUCCAUGAAACUCCGGGAAUUAGACGCCGUUCUCCUCCUCCUCCUGCUCUGUGAACUCCGCCAACAUGAUCCAGAAGCACUCAAUCUCCCUCCAUCAAGGUGGCGCCUUGUUCUUUGUCAAUACAUAGCCAAAGAUGCACUAAAAUUCUCUAGCAUUAGGGGUUCCAACAGAGAAGUCAUAAUGAAGUUUAUUGAGCUGCUAGCAAAGUGCAAGAACUUUGUCAAUGCCAUGACUCACGCAGGUCAUGGUGCCGGAGGGAAAGAUAGGAAGGAGGUCGCAACGUCGGUGGCGGUAGUGGUGGCGUUGCCGUCAGUGGAAGUGAGCGGCGACGACGGAGGGAGGGAAUGUGUUAUAUGUAAAGAAGAGAUGAAUGAAGGAAGAGAUGUUUUUAAAUUGCCAUGUCAUCAUAUGUUUCAUUGGAUAUGUAUAUUGCCAUGGUUGAAGAAGAGGAACACGUGUCCAUGUUGCCGGUUUCAGCUGCCGUCCAAUGAUAUUUUCGCCGAGAUCCGACGGUUGUGGGAGGUUGUGGCCAAGAUGAGUGAUAGUGCAAAGUGUGUGGGAAUUAUUUAGUUUCUAAUCAAUAGCCAAGAGUAAAGAAGUCUUAUAGAAUUAGCGCAAUAUAGUUACUUAUGGUUUUUUUUCUUCAAAUUAUAUUGCACUCUACGUUUAUCAUUUGUUAAUCAAUAUAUAUUACAGGUA